AAUUGGUUCGCGAAUUCCGCAACCAUUUUAAUCUUCGACAGUUCGUUUUUCUUUUCGCCAUCAAAUCACAACAUCCUCAACUGGUCAAUCGUGUGCUUCGUUCAACAAAUAAUAGAUGUAUAAAAAGAUACUUAUUUGGAUGUCUUUUUGUUUAAGAAAUAAAAACGCCACCUUCUCUUUUCGUGUACCGCUACUAGCUCGCACUAACCCAAGAUGGCUGCUUCCUGUGCUGCACUCUCCAUGUCCAAAAUAAUCCAACCUUUUCGGGCUGGAUUUGCUGGCAACACUUUGAAAGUAUUUGGAACAACCGUCACAACUCACAGGAAUAAGACGGUGCUGACUGUGAGUGACUUAACUUGGCGUGUCAGUGUGAAUACACGUGGGGGUUUCUUGCCCCUAAUAAGGUCGUUCAUGAAAAUGUCAUGCCAAUAGAGAAUUGUGUGUAAAUCUGUUUUAACUUUAACUUUACACGGCCUGAAAUAGUUCUUAUUCAUCAUAAUUUGGGUUUGUUUUUCUAACGUUUGAUCUGCUUUCCAUGCUGCCUGUCUGCAUCCAAAGGGAGAUAACAUUCCUCCUCCAGCAAAGUAUGGCGGCAGACAUACUGUCACUCUCAUCCCUGGAGAUGGAAUCGGUCCAGAGCUGUUUAGUCACGUCAGGGAAGUGUUCAGGUUCAGCUGUGUACCCGUGGACUUCGAGGUGGUACAAGUCAAUUCUGCCUUGGAGACUGAAGAUGACAUCAAUAACGCCAUCACUGCCAUUCGCCGUAAUGGAGUAGCCCUCAAAGGUAACAUAGAAACCAAACACACCAUGCCCCCUUCUGUCAAAUCCAGGAAUAAUCUUCUUCGUACAAGCUUGGACCUGUAUGCCAAUGUGAUGCAUUGCCAGUCCCUCCCUGGCGUCCAGACUCGCCACAAGAACAUUGACAUCAUGAUCAUCCGGGAGAACACCGAGGGAGAGUACAGCAGUCUGGAGCAUGAGAGUGUGCCCGGUGUUGUGGAGUCUCUUAAGAUAAUCACCAGGAACAAUUCCCUCCGAAUUGCGGAAUACGCCUUCCGGCUGGCCAGAGAGAAGGGCCGACGAAGCGUCACGGCUGUCCACAAGGCUAACAUCAUGAAACUGGGCGACGGCUUGUUCUUGCAGUGUUGCAGAGAGGUGGCAUCGGGGUACCCCGACAUCACAUUCGAUAGCAUGAUUGUGGACAACACCACCAUGCAGCUGGUGUCCAAGCCUCAGCAGUUUGAUGUGAUGGUGAUGCCCAACCUUUACGGCAAUGUGGUGAGCAACGUGUGCGCCGGCCUGGUGGGAGGGCCCGGCCUCGUGCCCGGAGCCAAUUACGGCCGUGACUACGCCGUUUUUGAAACGGCCACGAGGAACACUGGCAAGAGUAUCGCAAACAAGAACAUUGCAAACCCCACAGCCCUGUUGCUUGCCAGUUGCAUGAUGCUUGACCAUCUUAAGCUGUAUGAUUACGCAACUCUGAUCCGGAAUGCGGUACUCACAACCAUGAAUGAAACCCAGUUGCACACAGCAGACAUUGGAGGGCAGGGCACCACAUCAGAAGUGGUUCAGUCCAUCAUGCGAAUCAUCCAGAGCAAAGGACAACGCACAGCUGAGAUGUAAAUAUCAAACACGUAACUGACGGCCCUCACAUGUGCACACAUCGUCAUUUGUAUUUUAGACCUCAGAACAGUAAUUUUUCCCAAUGUGUGUUUCUGAUGAUGCUUAUUCCCGUGUUAACUGAUAUCGGCCCAUUCCCAGUCACAUUACUGUUGCCUACUGUUCUCCCAUUGAUCUUUUGCUAAGCCAAACCCUGGAAACACUCGCUGGCUAAGCACGGUUUGACUCAUUCCUGGCGGCACUCAAAUUCAGUGAGAUGCACUUUUCAAGGCUAGGGUUUAAUCCGACUCUUUCCAAAGCUAUUAUGGUUAAGCAAUGGCCUUGAGGCAUCUGCACAAGUCCCAAGUCAUAUCCUGAGAUGCUGAAAGGAAUAUCAAAAUGAAAUGCAAACGCUAGCUAAAGCUUUGUGGUUGUCAAGAAUCAGAAGACACAACCCUAGCUGUUCCAAGACAAGCAAUUUACUUGUACUUUUCGGGAAGAUUGUUAUCUUCUGUUGUAGGUUCACUCACAAGAAAAGCAUUACAAUAUUUUCUAGCCUCGUGAAGCCACGUUGUUUAUGGAGCUACGGUUGUCAACUUUCAGUUGACCAUGCUGUGCAAUGAAUGACUUCCUGCUGUGCUGUAAUUAUGAUACAAAAGGCCACCGUAAUCUACAAGUUGUCUGAAAAGUAACCACAAUAUUAUGUUACAAACUGUUUUGUAUGUUGACAGCAUAUCAACCAAACAACUCAAUUUGAAUGUAUACUGUGCACCGCGACAUUACAAGCUUUUUGUCUUUAGCGAAUGUGGACUUUUAUUUUGCAUGGUUGCACUCUAUAACAUACAUAUCAAUAAAGAUUCGUUUUUGGCGGGGA